AGGCGGCGGUGGAGCAGCGGUUGAUGACGUCCCCUCCAGAUGCCCACCCCCGGCCGAGAGACCCUCCCAGCAGGCCAGUUGCCCCCCCACCACAGACAACAUCAGACGGCCAAAAACGGGGCGCUCUCAAAUUAGACAGGAGAACAUCACAGCGUCGCCGGCCGCCACGCCUGCCACGCCUGCCACGCCCGCCACGCCAGCUCUCGCCUUGCUCGCCUUGCUCGCCUUGCUCCACCACACACCCCCUGGGCAUGUUUCUGGACAACACCGCUUCUUUCUUGGACCCCUACACCUCGGCCUCCUGAGCGCGACCGUUUCCAGCUGUGGUCAAAUUUCUGGUCUCAUAAUCGGGCAGGGCAAAAGACAAUUACUUGGCCUCGACAUCCCUCGACAUCCCCCCGACAUCCCCCUCAACCCUCAACUUUCCCAUCCCGCCUUUUUUCCUCCUGCAUCAUCACCCCCGCCGCCGCCGCCUCCAGCACACCUACAAACCACAAUGGCUGCCACAACAGGAACAGAGGGCAUCCAGCUCGACCCAAAGUACGACGACUUUGACUUCCCCAUCGUCGCCCCCGUCAAGGUCAACGGCCACCCUGGCCACUUGACCCCCGAGCAGAAUGCCGCAGUCAAGCAGCUGCGGGAGUCGCUCGAGAAGCAGGGCUACACCGAUCGCCUCGACUCCCUGACCCUGCUGCGGUUCCUGCGCGCCCGGAAGUUUGACCUCGCUGCCACCGAGAAGAUGUUCAUCGACGCCGAGAAGUGGCGGAAAGACACCAAGCUUGACGAGCUGCUGCCCACCUGGGACUACCCAGAGAAGGAGCAAAUAUUCCAGUUCUACCCUCAGUACUACCACGGGACCGACAAGGAUGGCCGCCCAAUCUACAUCGAGCAGCUCGGCAAGGUCGACAUCGCCGCCAUGAACAAGAUCACCACCUCGGAGCGCAUGCUGACCAACCUGGCCGUCGAGUACGAGCGCGUCGCCGACCCCCGCCUGCCCGCCUGCUCCCGCAAGGCCGGCCACCUCCUCGAGACGUGCUGCACCAUCAUGGACCUCAAGGGCGUCGGCCUGGGCAAGGCCCCGUCCGUCUACGGCUACCUCAAGUCCGCCUCCAACAUGUCCCAGAACUACUACCCGGAGCGCCUGGGCAAGCUGUUCGUCAUCAACGCCCCCUGGGGCUUCUCCACCAUCUGGGGCGCCAUCAAGGGCUGGAUCGACCCCGUCACCGUGCAGAAGAUCCACAUCCUCGGCAGCGGCUACCAGAAGGAGCUGCUGCAGCACGUCUCCCCCGAGGCCCUGCCCAAGGCCUUCGGCGGCACCUGCGAGUGCCCCGGCGGCUGCAUGUUCAGCGACAUUGGCCCGUGGACCGACCCCCAGUACGCCAGGCCCGCCAAGUGGGAGAAGAAGGCCGACGGCGCCGCCGCGCCCGCGACCACGAUCGAGACGAAGCAGGAUGACCCUCAGGCUCCUGCCGCCGACCAGGCUGCGGCCCCAGCGGCAGCCGAGGAGGGCGCCAAGGCUGACGCCCCUGCCCCUCAAGCUGCAUAGAGUCUCUGUAGUAGGUCUGUCAUGGUGGUGUUUGGGGUUGAGGAGCCGGGGGGGCGGGGGGUCCCGUACACAUAAUUGUUGGGUUUGUUAAAUAUCGAGGAAGCGCAUGGGUAGAAAAGAAGCACUGGGAAAGAGGUGCAUGAGAUGGGGCAUAAAGUAAAGUAGUGCCUGCGUCUGCGUCUAUUGUCGCGCAAAAUCACAAGACCAAGAUGAGGUUGAGACUGUCAGGAUCCUGUCCCCAUCUUGCACAGUUGACCAUGCUCCCAAAUCCGUGACGUGAGGUACAUUGUUUGGCCCUGGUGGAACUUCAGCCCACCAGUUGUAGGAGCUUUCAAGGGCUCACUCAACAAGUGCCAUGGUAGAAACCGCCGUGGUAUCGUGCCAGCCGUGAAACCAACUCCAUGCUUCUUCCACGUGGAGAGAGCGCCAUCUCCUAAACGCCAGGAACGCCAAACAAGCUCCCAUAAACACCGCCCUCCUCGGAAGGGACAGGUUCACCUCUCGGUGACAACAUACUCGCCAGCAACCCUCGCCCGCUCCAUCUUGGCCACCGUCGCAGGCAUCUCCCUCCUCAGGCGGCCCAGCGUGUCCACCACGGCCGCAUGGUCCGCCUCCACGCGGGGCUGUCGUUCCAGCGGCCCGAUGCCAUCCAGGAGGGCCUUGGGCUUGUUGUUGCUCUUCCGAGCAUCGGCCCCCUCUUCUUCUUCUUCGCCUCCUUGUCCCUCCUCCUCCCCCCCUUUCUCCUCUUGCCCCUCGUCAUCGCGCCCGCCGCCGCCGCCGCCCACGGCCGCCGCAACAGCACCGUCCCUCGCC